UCUGUAUAUAAAUAUAGAGGGACAGCUCCGUUUUCUAUAUUUUGUCCUUUUUAUUCCCCUCUCUUUCUCUCUCGGGUUCGUUUCACGACGACGCUUCGGCACUGGAGUCUCGCGACGGGAGACGACGGAGCCUAUGCUCGGAGGGGUUGAGUGUCUUCUGUUACUUAAGAUAUGGAGCAAGUGUGCUUUUGGUCAAGCUGCUUCCAGGACCAAGUCAUGCUAUUUCAGGAAGUUCUUGAUUGGCGGUUUCUCAUUCUUGGAGACUUCCUUCUCAUCUCCUUUGUUAACUGCACUUAGGUGGCAACGGCUUUUCCAUGACCACCAAGAGUGGUUCUGUGCAACUUUCUUUUGAAGUUGAUCUUCAUUCUUCAUUAUGCAAAAUGCCCAUGCUGUCAACUUGCUUCGAUAUCCUUGUGGAUGCGCAUUUUCAACCGAACUUCUAGUUGGUUUGGUCUGAGGUUUUUUUUUAUCAUACAGUCAUAGAUGUUGGAAGGUAUGCUGCAACAUGCCAUGGAUCAUACAAUUUUCCAAUUAUGAUGGUGAACUUACAAGCUUUGAACUACAUUUUAUUCAUAAAUAAUGUUUGGGUUUCACAUCUUUCACAACUUUAGUUCUGCAUGAAUUUAAGUAGGGAAUCUAUCAACAGAAAGUACAUGCAAUGCGAACAAGCUCUAUGUGGAACACUUUCUCCCUCAUGAAUGAUCAAUUCUUUCAGUCAAGAUUAGUUGAUGCAUGUUGAUUACCUUGCUGGUUAAGUUGGGUUCUGGUCCCUGAGUUGAUUUUUCAGCAAUUCUGUUGAAUUAAAAAAUUGGAGGCCUUGUGCUACAGAGGCCCUGUGGUGGAAUAUAUUGCUUGCACUUGGGUCAAUUUUCAUUUAGUAAGGUCCAGGAGUCCUGCAUUGUUGGUUAAAGAUGGACCGCUACAAGGUUAUAAAAGAAGUUGGUGAUGGGACCUUUGGGACUGUGUGGCGAGCCAUAAACAAACAGAAUGGUGAAGUGGUUGCAAUUAAGAAAAUGAAGAAAAAGUACUACUCUUGGGAGGAGUGUAUAAAUCUUCGGGAAGUUAAAUCACUUCGUAGGAUGAACCACCCUAAUAUUGUCAAGCUCAAGGAAGUUAUCAGAGAGAAUAAUAUUCUAUAUUUUAUAUUUGAGUACAUGGAAUGCAAUCUUUACCAGCUUAUGAAAGAUAGAGGAAAACCUUUCUCUGAAGUUGAAGUUCGGAAUUGGUGCUUUCAAAUAUUUCAAGCUCUUGCUUACAUGCACAAUCGUGGCUAUUUCCAUCGUGACCUUAAGCCAGAGAACUUACUUGUCACAAAAGACAUGAUCAAGAUAGCAGAUUUUGGCCUCGCUCGUGAAGUUUCAUCACAGCCACCCUACACAGAAUAUGUCUCCACUAGAUGGUACAGAGCGCCUGAAGUUUUGCUCCAGUCAUCUAUGUACGACUCAGCAGUUGAUAUGUGGGCAAUGGGUGCCAUCAUUUCUGAGCUGCUCACGUUGCAACCUCUCUUUCCUGGAACAAGUGAAGCAGAUGAAAUAUACAAGAUUUGUAGCAUAAUUGGCAAUCCCAGUUAUAGCUCUUGGGCUGAAGGGCUUCAUCUCGCAGAUAUGAUGAAUUAUCAAUUUCCUCAGUUUGCUUGUGUCCAUCUUUCGGCAUUAAUCCCAUCAGCCAGUGAGGAUGCACUUAGCCUUAUUUCGUCCCUUUGUGCAUGGAAUCCUAAGAAAAGGCCCACAGCAGCAGAAGCUCUUCAGCAUCCUUUCUUUCAGACUUGCUUUAAUAUUCCGCAAUCACUUCGCCCAAAAGCAACUGGAAUUCCAAAAACUCCCCCAUCAGUGGGCCCUAGAGGAGCUCUGGAGCAUAAGAGUUCUAGAAGAUUCUCUACUGGAACUUUAUCCAACACAAAUCCCACUAGCAAUUUUGCAUCAUCAAAGAACACAAGUAAUUCUCAGAGGACAGGUGUGCAAAGAAAGCUGGAGGCGGAUUAUCAGGAACCGGAAAAAAAUGAAAGGUCAGUGAAGAAUAGCCCCAAGGAGAAGCAAUACAGGCCACCGGCUAGAAAUAACCCAGGACACUCUGGGAGGAACUUGCGCAGAGUUCCUUCAGAUGCAUCAGUGAAACUGAACUCCAGAACUACAAACAGUAAUGGUGUUGGUGCAGGCGCAACUGAGAAGAAUGGCAUUUUGGACACAAGCAAGAGGUUGGCACAAUUGUCCAUCAACUCCGGUCCUCAGCCAGUGAGGCAGGCACCGGUCUUGAAGGCGGGGGGCUGGCAAAGCCAGUCUGACAAUCAUGGGCGUUCAAAUGGGAUUCCUGCUUACAGGACCUAUUCCAGGAAGGUUGUUGGCUGAAGAUAUUGGUCUGAUAGCAGUUCUAGCUGGAUCUAAAUACGGAUUUGGAGUUGUCAUUGUGUGUGUGUGUUUCGUCUUCAGUUCUUUUUCAUCUGUGCCUUUUCUUGUGUUGGGGAAACAGGAUUUGCCUAGUUACUGACAUGUCGUGUUUCUGUAAUAAAACAAUACUCUUUGCUCUUGAUCUUGCCCAGGGACCUGAUUGACUGUGCUUAAAUUUGUUAUACUUGAAAUUACUUAAUGUUGGUUUUAUUUUUUUCUUCA